AUGCGCGGUCUUUUCAACUCUGCCUGCCUCUUGCUGGCGCUCUCCAACUCUGCCGGCUGCGGAAAGGCUAAGACCCUCACGAACAAGCAAUACUCCAUGCAAGUGAACGGCAAAAACCGCAACUACUUUCUCAACAUCCCCGACAACUACGACCAGAGCAAGCCUUACCGUCUCAUCUUCACUUGGCACCAAUUGGGCGGCAGCGCACAGAAGAUUGUGAACGGCGAGAACCCGAACGCCGGUGGUGCGCUUCCUUACUACGGCCUCAAGGCCGUGGCUGACAACUCAGCUAUCUUCGUCGUUCCCGAUGGCCUGAAUGCAGGCUGGGGAAACCAGAAUGGGGAGGACGUUACUUUCUUUGACCAACUUGUGAAGACAGUCGAGGCAGACCUUUGCGUCAACACCGACCUUCGCUUCUCUACCGGCUUCAGCUACGGUGGGGCCAUGUCUUAUGCUCUUGCAUGUGCUCGUCCUGAGAUGAUUCGUGCUGUUGCUGUCAUCUCUGGCGCGCAACUGAGCGGAUGUUCUGGUGGCAGCAAGCCCGUCGCGUACUACGGCCAGCACGGCACCAGCGACUCAGUCCUCAACGUCCAGAUGGGCCGCCAGUUGCGCGACAAGUUCGUUGCAAACAACGGUUGCACGAAGCUUCAGUCUGAGCCUGGUCCAAACGGCGGCAACUCGGUCAAGACGCAAUACGCGGGGUGCAAACAGGGCUAUCCAGUUACAUGGGUCAUCCACAACGGCGAUCACAACCCCUCGCAGACUAACUCCGGAUCUACAACUCCGUUUGCCCCAGGAAACUCAUGGGAAUUCUUCAAGCAGUUUACGUAG